AUGGCCAGUCCCAACGAAGUUGCCACUUUCAGACGCGGAAGAACGCCGUUUGAGACAAGUCAGGAGGAAAAUAAAAAACAAACUGUCAGCCCAAGAAAGCCGUAGGAAGAAAAAAAUGUAUUUGGAAGACAUGGAAAACCAGUAUGUGUUGUCUCUUAGUUUUGUUUAUUCGCACUUCAUAACAGACACGAGAUGA